AGUGCCACGGAAAUGGUUGCCAAGGCAACGGACAAACUUACGCCUGCGUGGACAUGGCGGAUGUGCUCAGUCUGACAAGAGAAAACGAGUUUCGAAAAGAGUAUUUUUAUAGAAACAGUUUAGCAGAGGAAAAUAGGCAGAAAGAAAACCAGGCUGCCAUCUGCAUCCAGAGCUGGUUCCGAGCCUGCAAGGUUCGGGCUUACAUCAGCCAUCUGCACAAGAAAGCAGUCAUUAUACAGAAGAUAUGGCGAGGCUUCAGAGCAAGGUCACGUUUCAGACAAAUGGUGAAGGCGGCAUAUUUUAUCAUGAAGAUGAAUUUCUACGAGGCGAUGGCGGUCAGAAUUCAGAGAAGAUGGAGAGGAUAUUUUGUGAGAAAAUAUGUUCACAGUUUCUACGCACGCAAGAGUUCCUUGGAAAAUAUUGCAAUGAAAAAUGAACAAGUCAGGAGAGAUUUGGAUGAACUUGAGGAGCUACAGAGGAGAGAGAGGAAAUGCCUGAAGAUUGUAAAAGAGCAAGCAGCCAAAGUCUACCAAGCUCAUCGUUUACAUCAUCUACUCAGUACGAAGCAGUGCCCAGGGGUUUUUAACUCUCCAUUCAGACGGGCCCCCCAUGAGAUGGAGCUGCUGCUGAGGCAGGUCAAGUACCAGGCCCCCACCAGGCUCACCCCCAGGGACAGGGCUUUUCAGUUGGGCACGCCUGGCCCAGCAGCCCCCAAUUUUCCUGAGACCCUUGGAUCCCCAUGGAUUAAAAGCACACAUUCUGAGAGCUCCUCAAGGCCUGUACUGCCCCCCAUUGUCAGCAGGAAACCUCAGAGUUCACCCAGAGAGCCAGGGGAAGUGUGGGAGCAGCGUCUCCAUUGCCCUAAACUGUCUUUGCACCUACAGACCUCCUAUACUCUGCUGGAGGAUGUGCAGAAUGACCUGCACCAACACAACAUCAGUGCCUUUACAAAGUCCAUCUAUGCCAACAAGACUCUGAUGAAUGGACACUGA